ACUGCGUGUGACUUUCUCUCUGUCCGUCUCUCACUCACUCACUGCUCUGCCACCAAAGUUUUCUGUUCAGCUUUGCUGUUUCCACUUAAUCAAUCUCAUCAAGCAAAGAAAGUUCAAACAAUCGUUUCUUUUCUUUUACCCAUCUCUUCUUCAAUCCUGUCUCUUUGUCUCAAACUCUCCUAUCAUUCCAACUGAAGAGAAGAAAACCCAGAAGGCCAAAAAGGGAAACCAAGGGUUGUUUACAAAUUCCAAUGCCCUCAGUCCUGAGUUGCUGUUCUUGCUUCUUCUUCUUCUACUUGAUUCUCAUUCUUUCCUCGCUAAGUGUUUCUUUGGCCGGUGACCCGUACGUCUUCUAUGAUUGGUCUGUCUCCUACCUCACUGCCUCACCACUUGGAGUUAAACAAAAGGUGAUUGGAAUCAACGGACAGUUUCCAGGGCCAAUUCUUAACGUCACUACAAAUUGGAAUGUUGUUGUGAAUGUCAAGAAUAACCUUGAUGAGCCAUUGCUUCUGACAUGGAAUGGAAUACAGCACAGGAAAAACUCUUGGCAAGACGGCGUAUCGGGGACUAAUUGUCCGAUUCCCGUGGGUUGGAACUGGACAUAUGAAUUCCAGGUGAAGGAUCAGAUAGGGAGUUUCUUUUACUUCCCUUCCCUGAACUUCCAAAGAGCCGCGGGAGGAUAUGGGGGUAUCACCAUAAACAACAGGGAUGUUAUUCCAUUGCCAUUUUUGUUGCCAGAUGGAGAUGUUACACUCUUCAUCAGUGAUUGGUACACAAAGAGUCAUAAGGAUCUGAGAAAAGAUGUUGAGAAUGGAGUUGACCUUGGAGUUCCUGGUGGUAUUCUUAUAAAUGGACUUGGUCCUUAUCGCUUUGAUGAGACACUUGUUCCUAGCGGCAAUCCUUUCCUAACAGUAAAUGUCGAACCAGGAAAAACAUACAGAUUUCGGGUGCACAAUGUUGGUAUCUCAACUAGUUUGAAUUUCAGAAUACAAAAUCAUAACUUGGUUCUUGUCGAGACAGAAGGAUCAUACACAGUUCAGCAGAACUAUACAAACAUGGACAUACAUGUAGGUCAGUCGUAUUCGUUCCUGGUAACAAUGGAUCAAAACGGCAGCAAUGACUACUACAUUGUCGCCAGCCCUCGGUUUGUCAAUUCGUCGGGUUGGGAUCGAGUUACCGGGGUUGCCAUCUUGCGCUACUCGAAUUCUCAGGGACCUGCUUCAGGUCCUCUCCUGGACCCUUCUAAUGCUAUGGACACAUAUUUCUCAAUGAAUCAAGCAAGAUCCAUAAGAUGGAAUGUCUCUGCUAGUGCUGCUCGUCCAAACCCGCAAGGAUCCUUCAGAUAUGGUCAAAUUACUGUCACGGAUGUUUAUGUUGUUGUCAACAGACCUCCAGAGCUUAUAAAUGAGAAGUGGAGAACUACUUUGAAUGGAAUUUCAUACUUACCGCCUUCAACGCCUCUGAAGCUUGCCCAACAGUUCAAGAUUCCUGGGGUUUACAAGCUUGAUUUCCCUAAUAAGCUAAUGAACAGACCCCCCAAAGUUGAUACAUCUCUGAUUAAUGGUACUCAUAAAGGAUUCAUGGAAAUCAUCUUACAGAAUAACGACACAACCGUUCAGAACUACCAUUUGGAUGGCUACGCUUUUUUCGUUGUGGGGAUGGAUUUUGGAGUUUGGACGGAGAACAGCAGAAGCACUUACAACAAAUGGGAUGGUGUUGCUCGGUGCACCACACAGGUCUUUCCAGGAGCUUGGACAGCAAUUUUGAUUUCUCUAGACAACAGUGGCAUUUGGAACCUUCGUGCACAGAAUCUGAACUCUUGGUAUCUAGGCCAGGAAGUUUAUAUCAGCGUCGUUAAUUCUGAGCCUGACUCAUCCGAGGUUACGUUGCCCGAAAAUACCAUUUAUUGCGGCUUACUUUCAUCGCUACAAAAAGGUCAGGCUCAGAGAGUCCAUUUUUCUGGUGCAUCAUCAACAUCCUAUUCAAGCAAAACAAUUUUGAUCAUGUUAAUCCUAAUAUCUGCGGCUUUCGUCGAGUAAUUAAGCUGGUUAAGUGUCACGAUUUAGUUAAUUACCUGAAAUGGUAGGAUGAAAGAGCCAUGAUUGCUUACAUUUGUUCAUGUAGAAAUGAAAGUACAGAGUGAGUUGAACACAAGAAAAUGUUAAUUUAUUGUAAUUGGAAUAUUGUAAACUUGUAACUAUAGCGUUGCAAAGCAAUGCACUAAUUUUAUUUUAAUUUUGAAUGAAUACUCCUAAUGGAGGAAUUUAUUAAUGUGUG